ACAGGUGUGAAAUUAGGGCGAACAGUCUGAGGGACUAUAUUCCUGAGCGGAGGGAUAUUGCACGGUGCUGCAUGUCAUGUCCUUAUUUGGAGCGGAGUGAGUGAGAGGGCCGGCCUCAUUACAGAAACACAAACUUUACUUCUUUAUCCUCUUCUAGACCUCCUGUAGACCUCCUCUAGACCUCCUGUAGACCCCCUGGGUCUGAUCUAUGGAUCAAACAUCUCUCAGGUAUCCCACUGCUGUCCUGCCCCCCUCCCCGCCUCCUGUCCCGGGGGUCUAACGGACUCUCUGUCGGUCUGCCGGUCUGAUGUCGACUUGUUGCUAAAGUAACUCAUGCUAACUGUUAGCUAGUUAGCUCCGUUAGCUAGUUAGCUCCGUGCAACUAGCCGGGCUGUUAGCUGAGUCUGCCCGGGGAGGAGAGCCAGAGGAGCGGGGAGCUGUGAUCUGUUACCCCGGGGAGGAGAGCCGGAGGAGCGGGGAGCUGUGAUCUGUGACCCUGGGGAGGAGAAACAGAGGAGCGUGGAGCUGUGAUCUGUGACACCGGGGAGGAGAACCAGAGGAGCGGGGAGCUGUGAACUGUGACUCCGGGGAGGAGAACCAGAGGAGCGGGGAGCUGUGAACUGUGAUCCCGUGGAGGAGAACCAGAGGAGCGGGGAGCUGUGAACUGUGACCCCGGGGAGGAGAACCAGAGGAGCGGGGAGCUGUGAACUGUGACCCCGGGGAGGAGAACCAGAAAAGCGGGGAGCUGUGAUCUGUUACCCCGGGGAGGAGAACCUGAGGAGCGGGGAGCUGUGAACUGUGACCCCGCCGGCUCAGGAGCUCUGCCCGCGGAGAGGUUCCAGGCCGACCGGGGGGAGGGACCAGCGGGGGAUGCUGGUGGGGACCGGGGUCAGGAUGAGCACCAGGACCGGGACAGAGGAGGGCCAGUUUGAGGACCGGGAGUACAGCACCGAGGUGGUCUACAGCGGCUCGGACCAGGACUCGGACUCUGGCGACGAUGAAGACAUGACUGGGUCGGGCGGGGACCGGAGGGGCGUGAAGCGGGAGAGGAGGGAGCGGGAGGUGGGGCGGCAGGAGGCCGGAUCCUCGGGGGGUCACUGCGGGAUCAGCCCCGGGGUACCGGGGGUCAAACCCGGGAAGAAGACCAGGGGGAGGGUGAAGAUUAAGAUGGAGUUCAUAGACAAUAAACUGAGGAGGUACACCACCUUCAGCAAGAGGAAGACCGGCAUCAUGAAGAAGGCGUACGAGCUGUCCACCCUGACGGGGACUCAGGUCUUGCUCCUGGUGGCCAGUGAGACCGGUCAUGUGUACACGUUUGCUACGAGGAAGCUUCAGCCCAUGAUCACGUCAGAGACCGGUAAAGCUCUGAUCCAGACCUGCCUCAACUCUCCGGACUCACCCCCCCGCUCUGACCCCUCCUCCGACCAGAGGAUGAGCGCCACCGGCUUUGAGGAGACGGACCUGACCUACCAGGUGUCCGAGGUCGAUGGCAGCUUAGAGGUCGUCAAGGAUCUGAUGAAACCAGCAUUCACCGUGUCCACCUGCAGCACACAGGUCCCGCCCUCCUCCUCCUCCUCCUCCUCGUCUUCGGUGGCCCUGCAGGUGCAGACCAGCGCCCCCUCCUGGCAGCCGCCCUCCUCCACAAACGGCGCCAUGCUGAAGACGUCGGCGGGCAUCAUGCUUCCUGGGAGCCUCACCUUGAUGUCAGGCGCCGCUCUGCCCCCCGGCACACACACCAUCCCCCUCAGCCAGCUGCAGGCCACGCCCCUGGCCCUGCAGGGCCCGGGACCCCCACUGCACGCCAACCCCACACAGCCGACCACGCUGCUCCGCCUUCCCACCACUGUGUCACUGUCAGGUGGCGUCUCUCAGCAGCUACAGACCAUCCAGGUGCAGCCUCAGCUAGCCUCAAGUCAGAGCAGCUCAGACCCCCAUGACCCCCAUGACCCCACCUGCUCCACAGGCUCCAUCAUCCCCUCCUCCUCCUCCUCUUCCUCCGUCACAGGUCACAUGAUGUAUCCUGGAGGUCACACCCUCAUGUACGCCACGCCCAGCCCCUCGCUCUGUGACGGCGGCCUCACCGUGCUCAACACCUUCCCCCCGACAGGCCACGCCCAGUCUCAUGACCCAGGCUCUCUCCCACAGGUGUUCCUCACCUCACUGCCUCCUGUCUCUGCUCAGAUCCCUGUCUCUGCUGUCCAGCUGCACCCGAUGUUGAUCAGUCAGCAGAGCAGCAGUAACCUGACGGAACUGCAGGUUGUCAGUCUGGACGUCCACCAAUCAAAAGAGGACUGACUGCUGUGUCACACACACACACACACACACACACACACACACACACACACACACACACACACACACACACAGACACACACAGCUGAAUCUCCUCUGGACAUCAUCACACUUUAAAGAAAUGUAUUUAAGAAAAUAUAAAUAUUUACUCAUUGUUUACUUUAGGAUUUAACAACAAACAGCAGAGUGUAAACAACAAACAGCAGAG